UGUACAUGUAGGUACCUGAAAAGCACCCGUACAAGGUAGCGACGCAAUUGUAAAAGUCGCCAGAUCGCAUUUAAGAAUAUCGCCAAUUCGUCGUUGUCUCUACCCAACCGACCGCUGCCACCUUUUUGGUAAUUCGCUUGCCGCUCCCACUUUUGUCAUCCACGAUCCGAAUCUGAGUGUUCUACAAUUUAUAUACAUUUACAUUUCCUACUUUGUACCAAAUAACCAGUCCAGCCUCGAUUCUUUGGCAAUCCGAAAACCGCACCGCCGACAUGUCUUCCGAGCUCGAAACUUUCAUCAUGCUGCCCUUGCAGAUCGACCCUCAGACCAAGGCACUAACAGCGACGUCCAGCUCGCGCGCUCUACAAUCCGAGCUGGCUUCGCUCAACGCCUUACACCGCUCCCUCCUCGCGCUCGAUACGCCAAACCAGGUCCCGCCCCCGCCACUCCCCGUGAACCCGAAGCGGUCGGCCAACGUUAGUAAACUGCGAGAUAGCGGUAACGCCGAAUAUCGCAAGGGAAAGCACGCCGACGCCGUCAAAUUCUACACCUUGGGUUUGCAAAUGGCCCUGACGCGGCCGCCGUGGGAACCCCAGCAGCUGGUGCGCGAGGAGGUCGCUGCCCUCUACGCCAACCGCGCCCAAGCUCACAUGGCCCUGCAGAACUGGGCUGAGGGCGCCUCCGAUGCCGAGGCCAGCGUUGAGGCCAAGCGCGUCGGUAACUCGAAGGCCUGGUGGAGGCGGGGCAAGUGUCUGGUGGAGAUGGGACGGCUGGUCGAGGCCAAGGAAUGGGUUAAUAAGGGCUUGGAGAUGGAAGGCGAAGAGGGCGAGCUGGUCGCCUUAUUGAAGGACAUUAACGUAAAAUUGGAGAAGAGUAAUUCUUAAAGUGUACACUGGCGUUGCUUUUCUUUCAAGUUUUACGUUCCGAGAUCAGGUAUUCACUCUAAAGGCGUCUAGGGAGUUGGUUGGUAGGCUAUGUAUAUAUCAUUCUUUCAGACUUUGUUAUAUCGUCCCUCAUUGACCUUGGACCUGACUAAACCUUGCCGAUUCCUGAAGGGCUGAAUCACACAAGGGGUCGGAGAGAGGGGACAUUUGACAUGCAAGUGGAUUGCCUGCUGAAAUAUGGAUAAAAUAUGCCAGUCUCUAGCUUGUAUCUCCCUUUCUAGCCUCUUCCACAAUCUACCCUAUGCAUGCUCCCUAACCAUCUAGUGAUGGCUGUAACCUAGGAAGAUGAUUCCCGGGACUUAUGAUAUUACCUUUUAAUAUCGAGCUCCAGCCGAACCCCUCCAGAUACG